AUGUUUAGUGAAGACGAGUAUCCUAGUUAUAAUGGUGAAUGUCUUGAAGCCUUAUCUUACCUGGGAAGAUUUGACUACAAUAUUAUUCAGUGUAGAGAGAUUGAAAAGUGGCAAGGACCCGGAUCAAAACCCCCGAUAAGACCUUUGCGAGCUUCACAACUAAACCCUUUGUCCAGUGCUUGCAGAUCACCAACGUUCACUAUUGACGUUUGCCCCAAAGGGGCCUGGAUAUUCAACAGUGUCAAACCUCCUUUUUGCAGCUCUGCUCCCAAUGUCAUGUCAUCUCCAAUAAUUAGCCGAGGUAUUACAACCAACAUCGGGACAAAUAGUAACUCAAAUAGGACGCAUAUGGCCGAUUCAGCACCAACUUGGAUAAGUCAUACGGAGUUAGAUAGAGCGGAACUGGCGGCGCGUGUCCUAUUCUCAGCUAUGGUUUGGAUGAUUCAGUGCGAGCCGUUUCGACUACUGGAGUAUAAGUACCAA